CCCCGUUAAGCUGGAGGGUGAUCGUCCGCGUAGCUAGAGCGAAGGGUGCUUCUAAGGGAUGCUAACAGUAGCCUUCGAUGGAGCUUCGCUAAGUGAUGCGUUUGGCCUUUCUCACUUGCUAUCUGGAGAAAAUGACUUCAACUCUAACCGUGUGUCCAUGCCUGUAGCUAGGGGAUAAUUCUUUCCUACCAGGAAGAUUGUUGGGAGGAUUAUAGGAAAUUCUCUUGGUCAACAAGAUUAUCCUGGCGCCGGUACCUAGGAGAGAGAUGAGUGUGAAAACUCAAGCCCAGAGAAGCUUGGAUAUUCGUAUAUCCAAUAACAUGAGGCUUUUCCACCGUGGGAGGUGGACAGGGCCUGGACCCCUCCAGAACGUCUGCAAAACGGGGGUUAUAUGCACUAAAAUGGCUGCUUUUCAAGGCCAGGGAUUAAGUUCUUGCAUCAGAGCCAGGGAAACAGCUCUGAUUUGGAAAAACUAGACAUCUCUCCCCAAGUACCCAGUAGAGAACCAGAAGUUAUCUUCUACAGAACUGUGGAAUGUGCACUUGGGAGUCCCGAAAAGCAGCCAGAAGAUGCUCCAAACUAGCAACUACAGUCUGGUGCUCUCCCUUCAGUUCUUGCUGCUGUCCUAUGACCUGUUUGUCAAUUCCUUCUCGGAGCUACUCCGAAUGGCUCCUGUCAUCCAGCUGGUGCUCUUCAUCAUCCAGGAUAUUGCAAUCCUCUUCAACAUCAUCAUAAUUUUCCUCAUGUUCUUCAACACCUUCGUCUUCCAGGCUGGCCUGGUCAGCCUCCUGUUCCAUAAGUUCAAAGGGACCAUCAUUCUAACUGCUGUGUACCUUGCCCUCAGCAUCUCCCUCCAUGUCUGGGUCAUGAACUUGCGGUGGAAAAACUCCAGCAGCUUCAUUUGGACAGAUGGACUUCAAACACUAUUUGUAUUCCAGAGACUAGCGGCGGUGCUGUACUUCUACUUUUACAAACGGACGGCUGUGAGACUGGGAGACCCCCGCUUUUACCAGGACUCACUAUGGCUGCGAAAGGAGUUCAUGCAAGUCCGAAGGUGACCACUUCAUGUCCCGUUGAUGAAUGCCUUUCCUUCCUGGUAGAAACCUCCUGGGCUGCUCUCCAGGGAAGGACAGCCCUUGGCACCAGGAAACAUGGACUUCCUAGGAACAUGCUCAAGCCAGCUGUGCUCAGCAUUCAAGAAGGAAGACUCUCCAGGCAUGGUUGGAAACUGAGGCAGGAGAAUUUUAAUGAGUUUGAGGCCACCCUGGGCCUACCCAGUUGUAGGAUGGCCUGCAGAGGGAGACCCUGUCUCAAAAAGAAGGAAGACCUUUCCCAAUCCAAAUUAAAGUAUUUUCCCCAGACUGUAGAACAAAGUGCAAUCUUGCCUCCUACCUCAGUCCAUCCUCUUCUCUUCCUGCUCCGUACCACACACUUUCUCUUCCCCUCCUCCUUCCUGAGGGCUCUGCAGCUCUGGAGCUCCCACUCUUUGAAGCUUAUGGCUCAGCCUCAAAGUAGCAGCCUCCCAGCCCACCCUGCUCUCCUGAUACCAUACUUGAGGGACUGGAAGUUAUAGACAAUGAUGGGCAUGUCCUCCUAACUAACCACAUGUUAGUCAUUUAGAUUUUAUAACCAAUGUACUUUUUUACAGUUCUAAAAGGAAAUAAAUUGAAUCUUUUUUUUCAUAAAUGGUAAA